UGGGAGAUGCCGAGAGACUUGUCGCGAUCCCGAUCGCCUCCUUAUAGGCGUAGGCGUUCACCGUCUCCGGCGGGACACAGAUAUAGUAGGAGGAGCAGAAGAGAUAGAAGCCGAUCUCCGUAUUCGUCGUACUCACGUAGCAGGUGAUCCUGUUUGGAUGUUUAUUUUUCUGUGAUAUAGUGUACUAGUAUCUGUUGUUGAGCCAGAAUGAUUGGGGAUUCGUGUUUUUACAAAUUAUUGGUUGUGUAUUUUUAACGCCUUAUUUGUCGGUAUUUUGAUGUAAUCUUUUAUGAUGUAAACUAUACCCAGUGGCCGCUGUGUAUUAACCAUCCAUGUAGCUGUUAUGUUUGCUGAGAGAAAUUAUUUUCAAUUGAAAUUAUGCAAUCUACUAUGUCUAUUAAAUAGUCUCGCUUUCAGUUCUAUAGGAAAUGAAUUUUAAAGCACCGUGAUCAUGGAUGAGUUAUUAAUGAUUUUCAAGCAAUAAAUACAAGGAGAAUUAUUCAAUUAAUUAAUGGGGUGUUAGGUUUGUAGCUCGCAUAGGGGUAUAGGGCACCCAAAAUAUAAGGAAUUGUAUAGAGAAUUGUACUUGAGAAUUUGCCAAGGGUUGUUUGAUUAACCAAGGGUUAGCUUUGAGCUAAAACGUGUAAAACAAAUGUUUUAGCGAGGUUCUUCAUCUUUCCAUUAUAAUAAUGUCUUAUUUAAGUGCUAAAGAGAUUACAACCACAUAAGAAGAAUAUCUAUGAUGGAGUAUUUGUGGAAAACUGACAAUUUGCUUUGUUUGAAGAGAUGCAUAUGUCACUUUGAUGACGACAUAGAAUUGGGUAGUUAUCACGCUCUGAGGACUACAGAACUAUUGUGUAUUUAAACUAAAACGCAGUGGUCAUUGUUGAUAACGCUGGUUAUCUGUGGAAUAUAAUUUGAAUUCAAUAUCGUCUUUGUAGUUUCUUAUCAUUCAGCUUCUUUUCUGUACGUGUUCAAUUGGGUGAAUGGACAGCUAGAUUUCUUUUAUUAUGCCAUAUGGAUUUGUACUUCUUCUGUUAAGCUCUUUGAGCAUUUGAGAAACUGAAUGAGUUGUAUGCUGUUAUGCUGGAUGAUUGACAUCACCAAUAUUCAAGUAUUUGAAGACCUUGUCAUAAGUGUCCGGUGAUGGUGUCACUCACUCUUAUCACUUGUUUGUUAAUUGUUUUUGGGUUUCUUUCUUUGUUUGGUUUUCUAUUUGUGUGUGGAGGUUGAAACUCAUAAAUAAAACAUACGUCGAGAAUUAUGUAGCGAGCAAGAUAGGAUAUAUGAUAUUCGUAACAAAAUAAGAAACAUCAGUUUCUUCUCAUAACAUGUCAAGUGAGGGAUAUGAACAGGUGGUUGGUUCUGAUGAGUGUUUUUUCAUUGCUCGAUUGUGAGAUUUGCUUCUUCGUAUGAUAAAAGAUGGAGCACACAAUGAUUAUUUUAUGAGGAGAAAAAGUCGUUCUAUUUCACCAAGAGGGCGCAGAAGUCCUUCUACAUCUACUUGGCGUCGUAGAAGUCGAUCUCCUACUGCGAAACGAUACAGAAGACAAAGAAGUAGGAGUACCUCAUUGUCUCCUGCUCAUAGAUCUUCCAGUUCAAGCCUUGGGUCAGUAGAGCAGAAAACUGCGAUUGAAAAACAAAGGAAAGAAGAAGAGAAGAAAAGGCGUAAACAGGAAGCCGAGUUGAAAUUAAUAGUUGAAGAGACUACGAAGGGGAUUGAAGAAGCUAUUUGUAAGAGAGUUAAUGAAAGCUUGAAAUCUGAGGAGGUUCAGGUGGAGAUUCAAAGACGGUUAGAAGAGGGAAGAAAGAAACUUAAUGACGAAAUUGCUGCUCAUCUUGAAAAAGAAAAAGAAGCGGCUCGUAUUGAGGCUAGACAGAAGGAGGAACAAGCCCGUAAAGAGAAAGAAGAUCUUGAAAGGAUGCUUGAGGAAAACAGGAGGAAGGUUGAAGAAUCUCAGAGAAAGGAAGCAUUAGAGCAACAAAGAAGGGAGGAGGAACGAUAUAGGGAGCUAGAAGAGCUACAGAGGCAGAAAGAAGAAGCCAUGAGGAGGAAGAAACAGGAGGAGGAACAAGAACGCAUAAACCAAAUUAAGUUAUUGGGAAAAAACAAAUCGCGUCCGAAAUUGUCAUUUGCCCUCGGAUCGAAAUGACACCUGUGCAAGUAUUUUUUAGUUUAUCUAUAGCAUUUUGUGCUUAAAUCUGUAUUUUGCAUAUGCAAUUUAAGAAAAUCACACAGCCUCCUUGGCAACUCUGACAUCAUUAUUACUAUUUCCAAUAUGUAUUAGAUUUGAAUUUCUCAUGGCAACUUAAUUUUCCAUGAGUCCUUGGCUAGUACUACUAUUUUUUGUGAAA